AUGGGAGGAAAGAAGGACGAAACUGCGGAGGAGCGCUCGAAGCGCAAGGAGAAGGAGAAGAGAGAAGGUGCGUCGAAGAAAAAGGAUAAGAAGAGGGACGAGACUCCCGAGGAGCGAGCGGCGAGAAAAGCGGCGAAAUCAUCAUCCGAUGGGAAAUCAAAAGACGAGCGCAAAGAAAAGUCGGCGAAAGCGUCGAAGCAACAACAAAGUGGACAGGCUGCUUUGAAAGAGAAGAAGCAAAAGUCGAGAGGCCCGCCGGUGGGGAUGAUGAUGCAGGAGAAGGGUGGGAGCAAAAACGAUUACUUAGCCGGGAUGGACUUACCGUCCUCCUCGGACGACGAAGACGUGGAAGAAAAGGUGGAGAGAGAUUUAACCAAGAACGCGUUCGACGGACCUUCGGAUAAGGAAGCCGCGAAAGCGAGGAAGAAAGAGAUCGAGAUGGCGAGGAAAGAGGCGAUGGCGAAAGAAGAGGCGAUGCGAGACGACGACGACGCGUUUAACGUUCGAUUACCGGCUAUGGAUGACCAAGCGAUGGCGCAAAUGGCAAACUCGCGCGAUAUCAAGAUUGACAAUUUCUCGGUUUCCGUGAGAGGGAAGCCGUUGUUGACGGAUACGAACAUUACGAUCGCGCACGGGAGACGAUACGGGAUCGUUGGGCCGAACGGGACCGGGAAGACGACGUUGAUGAAGUUAUUAGCGAGGCGUAAGAUUCCGGUGCCGGAAUUUAUUGACAUUUUGUUGGUGGAGCAAGAAGUCGUCGGCGACGAGAGAACGGCGUUGGAAUCCGUGGUUGCCGCCGACGUGGAACUCAUGGAGUUGAGACAGAAGAAAAUGGAGUACGAGCAGUUGAUGGAGAAGAUGGCGCAAGCGGACGAGAGCAAAAAUGAAGCUUUAAUUAAGGAAAUGAACCAGUUGACGUUCAAAGACGAAGAGACCGGGACCGAGAUGGACGCGUCGCAAGCGUUGACGAAGACGUACGACCAGCUGAAACUGAAAGGCGACGAUACCGCGGAGGCGAGAGCGUCAAAGAUUCUGCACGGUUUAGGUUUUACUGUCGUCAAGAAAGGCGAAACGAAAGGCCCGGAUCGAUUUUCCAUGCACAAUUCGACCAAGAGCUUUUCCGGCGGUUGGAGAAUGCGGAUUUCCUUAGCUCGAGCUUUAUUCAUCGAACCGACGUGUUUGUUGUUGGACGAACCGACGAAUCACUUGGAUUUACGAGCGGUCAUUUGGUUAGAAGAGUACUUGAUGCGUUGGAAGAAAACUUUGAUUGUGGUUUCGCACGAUCGCGAUUUCUUAAACGGCGUCACGACGGAUAUCAUUCAUUUGCACGACCACCAACUCGAUCAAUACAAAGGAAACUUUGAAUCCUUCGAAGAGAUGUACGAGCAAAGACGCAGAGAGGCGAACAAAGAGUUUGAAAAGUACGAAAAAAGAAUCAAACAAGCCAAGCAACAAUCGAACAAGAAGAAGCAGGAAGAUAUCACGGCCCAGGCGAAGAAGGAUGCGAUGAAAAAGAACGAGAAGAAGAAGAACAAAGGGAUGAUGGACGACGCGGACGACGCUUUGAACACCGCGAGAGCGCCGACGAAAUGGAACGAUUACGACGUCGAGUUCAACUUCCCAGAGCCGACGGAAUUAAAUCCGCCGUUGAUUUCUUUGCAAGAUUGCUCGUUUCGGUACCCCGGUUUGGAAGGUUUCAGUUUGGAUAAUAUCGAUUUAGGCAUCGAUAUGGGAACGCGCGUCGCGAUUAUUGGGCCAAACGGCGCCGGGAAAUCAACCUUAAUGAAUUUGCUCGCCGGAGACUUAAACCCAACCGAAGGGGAUUCGAGACGGUCGCACGCUUUGCGCAUCGGUCGGUACUCGCAACAUUUCGUGGACGUUUUAGCCAUGGACGAAACGCCGGUGAGUUAUUUACAAAGAAAGUACAAAAGGGCAGACGGGGGCAGUUACAAAGACCACGACAUUCGCGCAAUCUUGGGGAAAUUUGGUUUGCCUGGACACAACCAUUUGCAACCGAUCGUGAAAUUGUCGGGUGGUCAAAAAGCUCGAGUCGUUUUCGCGUCGAUUUCGUUAUCGAACCCGCAUAUUUUGCUCAUGGACGAACCAACGAACCACUUGGACAUGCAAUCCAUCGACGCGUUGGCGGACGCGUUGACUGCGUUUGAAGGUGGCGUCGUUCUCAUCACCCACGACGCGCACAUUUGUUCCAAAGUGUUAGACGACGAGACGAGUGAAAUCUGGGUCGUCGAUGAUGGCGUGGUGACGAAAUUCAACGGCGACUUUGAAGACUAUAGAGACCAACUCGUGAAGGAAAUCGCCACGGAGCUCGACGCGCCGGUUGACAAAAACGAAGAUUGA